AUGGAGUACGAGCCUAAGACGCCGCAGUACAGCACCGGCGACCCGACCUCGUUCGCCUACGUGUCGGCGCGCGAGCGAUGGCCCAUCAUCAUCACCCAGGGCAUCGAUGACGUCCACCGGUCGACCUGGGCUUCGAACGACGAGGAAACGGCCAGGGAAGGAAAGGCCGUCGUGGCUGAGCUAGCGAAGCUGAAAUACGAGCUCCAGCACGACCGCGAGCUCACGCCAAUACCCGAUGACGGGGAGGCAGAUGUCGCAGAGUACAACAAGGAACUGGAGGCAAUGGGCAACACCAAGUGGCAUUCCGUGCCCUGGCUGUUCUCGGAAUGCUAUCUCUACCGACGUAUAUCAAGCAUCUUCAAGCAGACGCAGAAGUGGAAGUCAUAUGAUCUCUUCGCCCGCCAAAAGAUGUCUACCUUCCGAUCCUCGCGCCCCGCCGUCCUCGAACUCGCUGCUCGCUACAAGGAUAUCGUUAGCCAGCUCGCAACCGAGCAUACCUUACAAGGAGCAAAGACACAGACGGAGCUGGAAGACGCUGAGGAGAUUCUAUUUAUUGAAAUGGCGGAGAUCUGCCUCUGGGGCAACGCUACGGAUUUGUCUCUGUUGACCAGCUUAUCGUACGAAGACAUCCAGAAACUGCAGGGUUCUGAGGCGCGAAAAGCAUCGGAGAAGAAUAUCGUGGUCAACGAUUUGGACAAGGCGUUCAAAGCGCUCACGGCUGCUCAGAAGUCGGGCAAGAGCGAGCGGAGGGUCGACAUCGUGUUAGACAACGCCGGGUUCGAGCUCUUCGUGGACCUGGUCUUAGCUGGAUACCUGCUCGCUGCGGGAUUGGCCACCACCAUCGUCCUCCAUCCCAAGUCGAUACCCUGGUUCGUGUCAGAUGUCCUACCUCAAGACUUCGUAGAGCUCAUCCAGGCUCUCGCCGAUCCUCAGACAUUCUACACUACCCAAUCCGACGACGACAAGCAUGCUGGGAGGACACCUGCACCCUUGUCGGAUAAGGAAGUAGCCGAUCUCAAGUUUCUAUUCGAGCAUUGGAGUCGCAUUCACGCCGAAGGUCAGCUGGUCCUUCGCCCCAACACUUUCUGGACCGCUGGUGGCAGUUUUUGGAGACUACCAAAGACGGAGCCCGGCCUGUUCGAGGAUCUCAAGGAGAGCGAGCUCGUCAUCUUCAAGGGUGAUUUGAAUUACAGGAAGCUCACCGCCGAUGCGGCAUGGCCCGCAACGACGCCCUUCGCAGAAGCUAUCGGCCCGCUUGGCCACGGCUCCGGCGUUCAUGUUCUCGCCCUACGAACGUGCAAGGCCGACGUCGUUGUAGGGCUCCCAGAAGGCGAGGAUGAGCGAAUCAAAGCAACCGAAGGUGGAGGUGGUGACAGUGGCGCUCGCAAAUGGGCGUGGAGCGGGAAGUGGGCCGUCGUACAACUUUCUGACGGCAAAGCAUGA